AUGGGAAAGAACACCGAUCAUUCUGAUGUGAAAAAGCGAGUAAGGAAGCACCCAGUCCGCAAAUGGGAUGACGAAUGCAUCAAGCUUAUUUUGGAGCAUUUAAAGGAGAAUAUCCCAAUCGAGAAGCCAACAGCGAGGCAAUAUUAUACGAGAUUCUGCGACCUGUACCCUGAGCUCCAGAUCGAGGAUCCAGAUUUAGUGCGUCAGAAGGUUGUGCACCUCAAGACAAAAUAUAUCCAAGUUGAGCAGUGGCGCAACGAGUCGGGGAAUGGAGUGAAAGACGGUGGAGAAACUAUCAAUGAAAUACUGAACAGGAAAUGUCCAUUCUAUACAGACUUGGAUGAGAUAUUUUCCCAGAAAAAGAGUGUACGAUUGCAGAGAAUUCUCGACAGUGGCAAUGAUGGAUCCGUCCAGCACUUUAGGGCAUUUACACAAAAAUCAGUGACCGCAAAACGUCCAACAACAACUGUGACCAACAACUCUAGCCAGAUUGAAACCGUUGCACCCCAUCGUCUUGAAAAUUUUGUCCCUGCUGAGAGUCCCGGUGAAGAUGAGGAUAUCGUAAUUUCGUUGACUGAUGUGAAUCCAGGCACAUCAAACAUGGAUGACAAUCGCCGUGAUAUCUCGACAUUCAGGAAUAAUUUAAGCAACUGUGCUGACCACUCACAACAGCUUGAUGAACCUGAUGACUCUGAAAGGAAAGCUUCAACUCAGAUGCGGGUGGAGUUCGAGAAAGAAAAGCUCGCCAUUGAGUCCAGCUUGGAAGACCGGCGACUCAGCCUCAUGGAGAUGGAUAUAAAAGCAAAGAUCGAACUUGAGAAGCGCAAGCAGGAGUUUGACGAGAGGAUCAGGUUGCAGGAACUGAAAUACAAAUAUGGCAUCACUGAAAAUAUUCCUCGAGACCUUGAUUGUUGAGCAAAACCAAAGAGUACAAAAUUUCUAUCAAGUUUUUUUUUUA